CUCAGUUGGAGGAAUGUGUGAGUUCCUGCUAAACUGCUCACCUUGUUUUCCGUUUAGGUUUUUGUACAGUGAACUGACUGCGUUGGACCUCGCGAACUAAAGAAGCCACACGCCACUUCGAUAAUCCACCGAUAAACCAUGCUGCUARUGAACUUAUCUGGGUUGAAGUGGGGACUGGUGCUGACCUCUCUCCUGGUUUCUGCCCUAAUCUCUGAGUUAGAUGCUCAAGAACAGAAGACCGCUGUAGGAACUAAACCUAAACUUGGUAAAUCAACAAAUAAAGUGCCAAAACCUGGGAGAGCAAAACCAAAAAUCAAACCUACACUUUCAACUCAGUCCCAGACCUCCCUAAUCCAGGUCCUUAACAGAGGUAAGUUCAAAAAGGUUGGUGACACCCUGAGCGUACAGACAGGAGACACUUUGGAACUGAGAUGUAGAGGCAAACCUGUGCAAUGGAGUGUCCCACUUUAUCUGGAAGAAGAUAAUGACGGAAGACUCAGGAUUGUCCAACACCAGCGAUACAACACCCUGACUUUAGUCAACACAACAGGUGCGGACACAGGAGAGUACAUCUGUUACCCAAUGUUCUGCGAAGACCAGGACUGCAGGAAAGAGUACAAUAAAGCAGCCAAAGUCUUCAUAUUUUUUCCAGACCCACAAGAAUUAUUUGUUCCCUCGUCCAACUAUUAUGAGAUGAUUCAGCUGAGGAGCAACUGGCCAACGGUCCUCCCCUGCCAGGUGACGUCACCGAAAGCCAAAGUGACCCUGUACCGGGAGUUCCCACCUGCGCAGGUGGCAGUGGACGGGACAGAGAUCUCCUUUGACGUGAAGAAGGGCUUCACCAUCCAUCGUCCUCGACCUUUUCACGCUGGAGUGCUGUACUGUGAGGCCAGUCUGGGCGACCUGAGGCAGAGUUCCAUCAAGUACAUACUCAUCUAUGUUAACUAUCCCACCACAGCUCCCGCUCCAGUGAUCCAGGCUUCAUCCAACUCGGUGUCUGUGGGGGAGAACCUGCACGUUAACUGCACUGUGAUGGGAGAACAGGACGUGACCYUAGAGUUCAGCUGGGAAUACCCCGGACAGGAGAUUGGGAGGCCCCUGUACACUCAAGACAGCGUCAGCCGGGUGAGCGGAGGAAGUGCUCGUCAGCAGUCUCGCUCUGUCCUCUUGGUGGACGAGGUGAGAGAGGUGGACCAGGGGACGUACACCUGCACUGCUGAGAAUCUGCAAGGAGCCAAAUCAGUGUCCACCACCGUUAAAGUGCUUCCCAAAGCUAAAGCCAAGAAACCACGAGUGUGAUGCUGCCGCAGGUCAUCGUCUCUGACAGAGAAGAUGAGGACGUUGUCCAAGACCAGCAGACAUCUGUCCAAAUUCACAGCAAGGCUUUGUGUUUAUGAGCAAUAGACACACAGUUUUUACCUGUUGUUGCUCUGCCACACAAGAGCAUAAAAAAUACAGGUCUUUCUCAAAAAAUUAGCAUAUUGUGAUAAAGUUCAUUAUUUUCUGUAAUGUACUGAUAAACAUUAAACUUUCAUAUA